AUGCGGCUGGUUUCCGCAUUGGCACUUCUUGCCGUCAUCCCUUCGAUCGUCGAAUCCUCACGCUUAACUCCUCCUGUGCUUCCACUCAUUGUCCGAAACCCUUACCUGAGCACCUGGCUGCAGAACGCUCGAGAUGACCCAUGGGAAAGAUGGCCCAUGUUCUGGACCGGGCAAGAGAUUGGUUUCUCAGUGUUAGCCAGUGUUUCAGAAGGGCGCACUUCGUACCCGCUCUUGGGAAGACCUCAUGACUCUUUACGCAGAGAUGAUGAACACUACUCGGUGUCUUCACCGAUCUUUAACGGUGCUCAAUACGAUGCUUCCACCACCAACUUGUCUUACUCCCUCCCUCUGCCAUCGUCCUAUGCAGCUUCCAGGCAUGUGGAGAUCACGCUAUCUUUCUUGUCUCCCAUUACGCCCACGUCAACAGUGAGGCAGUCCAUUCCGGCCAGCUAUCUGACAGUUUAUGUCUCUGGGAACGUGGAUGUUGACAUCUACCUUGACGUCAACGGACAAUGGGUCAGUGGAAACCGAGGAAGUAAGAUUGUCUGGGAUAUUGAGCACACCGCCUUGAAUGAGAAGGUGCAUGGGUUCAAGACCUGGGUCAUCAAGCGAGAAAUUGAACAGCUUUUCACCGAAUACUUUGACCGGGCAGAAUGGGGAAGUCUACACUUCUCCGCUCCAACCGACGUCCGCCACGAAGCGGGGACAUCGGCAAUUUUGCGGCAACGGUUCUCGCGCACAGGAACAUUGCAGGACUCGGUAGAUCGUCGAUUCCGUUCCAUUAUGGACGAAGAGCCGGUAUUCGCCUUUUCCAAGUCAUUUGAAUUCAAUGCUAGCUCCCACUCGAUCCACCACCAAGAAGUGACUUUUACAAUCGCACACAUUCAGGACCCUGUUGUUCAGUACGCCGCUGCUCGUGGAAUGACUCUGAUGAGACCGCUCUGGAACUCCUAUUUCGAUACAGUCACCAAGUUGCUCACCUUUCAUUACCUCGAUUUCCGCUCCGCCAAGCAAUUGGCGGGAGACUACUCUGCGAAGCUGGCGGUCGAUGCGUACAAAUCUGGGGCCGAAGACUAUGUGGACAUUGUUGCUCUAUCCGCUCGGCAGGUCCUCGGAGCCACCAGCUUCUCUGGAACGCCGGAUGAUCCGAUUCUCUUUCUGAAGGAGAUAUCAUCCAAUGGCAAUUUCCAGACCAUCGACGUCAUCUUCCCCAGCUUCCCCUUCUUUUUGUAUACCAACCCAAGAUGGUUGGGAUAUCUACUCGAGCCAUUGAUCGAACAUAUGCUCAGUGGACAAUACCCCAACAAAUAUGCCAUGCACGACCUUGGAGCACAUUUCCCCAAUGCCACGGGCCACCCUGACGGACGUGAUGAAUAUAUGCCUGUGGAGGAGUGCGGAAAUAUCUUGAUCAUGGGCUUGGCACUGGCCAAUUCUUUGCGUGACGGUUCCAACACAUCAGCUUCGGCGAACUGGCAACCAAUGAAUGGUGUCCCUAUUCCCAAUGCAUCGCACGACAGCCUCUCUCCUCUCUCCGUGGGGGCAGCAGAUGAUAUGUCCUACAUUGACGAUGCUUGGGUGGGGAAGCCUCAAAGUUUGAAGGACGCCCAGAAAUGGGUGAGCCGGAGCUAUCGAUUGUGGAAGCAGUGGACCAGCUAUCUGGUGGAGUUUUCGCUGCUACCUCACAAUCAAUUGUCGACGGAUGAUUUCGCAGGGUGGCUGGCUUUGCAGACCAAUCUCGCUUUGAAAGGUAUCAUCGGAAUCAAGGCAAUGGCCGGGCUGGCCGAGCUUGCAGAGAACUAUGAGGAUGCCAAAUUUUACAACAAUGUCUCUGAAACAUACAUCGCGAAAUGGGAAGAGUACGGUAUCUCUCGCGACAAGACGCAUGCCAAGGUUGCAUAUAACUGGUAUGGAUCGUGGACCACGACAUAUAACCUUUAUGCCGACAGUUUACUAUGCUUUCAUCUGGGAUCAAGACAUCAUUCUAAGCAAAGCACGACUAUCGGUGGACGUUAUGAGUAUCAGAAACCGCUGAAGGACAUCAAGGGUGACAAGGAUGGGUUCGUGCCGAAGCAUAUUUACCAGAUGCAAAGCGAUUGGUACUAUGCCGUCAGGCAGAAAUACGGGUUGCCCCUAGACUCGCGACACCUCUAUACCAAAACCGAUUGGGAAUUUUUUGCCAUGGCGGUAGCAGCACCAAAGGUGCGCGCCGAGAUUCUCCAGUCCGUGGCCAAAUGGGUGAAUGAGACCUCUACGGACCGACCAUUUACGGACCUUCACAUGACCGAAGGUACGGGAGGCUUCCCCGGACCAAACUUCUUUGCUCGACCGGUUGUCGGCGGACAUUUUGCAUUCUUGACGUUAGGACAGGCUUGUGGCGGAAGAGCAGAAGAAGGGUUGAAGUUCCUGGACGACAGCGUGACAAAAGAAAUGGACGUGGAACAGAUAUUGGCGGCAGAGGCGAUUGAGACCAUCAAGGAGUUAUAA